ACCACAUUGGUCACCGAUUUUUGUUCUUUUCUUAUUUUUUUUAAUUCAAAUAAUUUCCAUGGCCACCCCUAUAUUUACCUGACAAUAGUCAGUCACCAAGCGCAGGAUGCGAAUUAAUGGAAAUGGCUUCUACAAUUUUCCAAUUCCCUCUUCUUCUCUUUUUGCUUUUCCUGCAUGUAAAACAUUCUUCAUCAUUCUCCCUCUCAGUGGAGAAACACCAAGAAGAUGUUAUAGUCUCACCAAACCACACAUUCACAGCAGGCUUCUACCCCGUAGGAGAAAACACAUACUACUUCGCCAUAUGGUUCACCCAACCACCUCACCAAAACCUCCAAAACGCCACCGUCGUUUGGAUUGCAAACCGUGACCAACCGGUGAACGGAAAACGCUCCACCCUCUCCCUUCUCAAAACCGGCAACGUCAUCUUAACCGACGCCGGCUACACCACGGUUUGGUCCACAAGCACCGCCUCUCUCCACCCACUCGAGUUGCAACUGCAAGAAACCGGAAACCUUGUUCUUCAAAAGCAGAAUGAUCAAAAUCAUGUUCUGUGGCAGAGCUUUGAUUUUCCAACAAACACUCUCCUUCCUGGUCAGAUUUUCACGAAGAACACGAAGCUGGUUUCUUCAAGAAGUGAAACCAACCAUUCCUCUGGAUUCUACAACCUCUUCUUCGACGGCGAUAAUCUUCUCCGCCUUCUCUACGACGGCCCUUAUGUUUCUAGUGUUUACUGGCCAGACCCCACGCUUGUGAGCUGGGAAGCUGGUAGAUCCACGUACAAUAGUAGCAGGGUUGCGAUGCUAGAUCACUUCGGAAACUUCAGUUCCUCUGAUGAUUUCUUUCUGACAACAUCAGAUUACGGAACAGUUCUCCAACGAAGACUUACAAUGGACCAUGAUGGGAAUGUUCGUGUUUACAGCCGCAAAGAUGGAAAAACAGAGUGGUUUGUGUCAGGGCAGUUUCAUCAACAACCUUGUCAGAUUCAUGGGAUUUGUGGACCCAAUAGUCUUUGCAGUAAUAACCCAAUUGCUGGAAGAAAAUGCUCGUGUCUACCAGGGUAUAGCAGGAUCAGUGAUGAAGAUUGGUCUCAAGGUUGCAAACCAAAUUUUCAAUUUUCAUGCCUUAGCAAAACAGAGUCUCGCUUCCUGUUCUUACCCGGUGUUGAUUUUUAUGGAUAUGAUUAUGGUUUCUUCCGAAAUUACACCUAUAAGCAGUGUGAGAAGCUCUGCUUGCAAUUGUGCAAAUGCACAGGCUUCCAGUACAAGAAGGGGGAUGGUGUGUUUAAGUGUUAUCCCAAGACACAGAUGUUGAAUGGUUUUACUUCACCAGCUUUCAUUGGAUCAAUCUUCUUGCGAUUGCCCAAAAAUAUAAACUUUUCCUAUGAGAAUCCCGAGGAAGACAAUAACUUGGUUUGCUCAAGUAAUAAAGGAGAGCAAUUGAAAAGAUUGUACGUGAAUGGCAAGGAAAAUGGAUCGGUGAAGUUCAUGCUUCGGUUUGCGAGUGUCUUUGGAGGAGUUGAGUUUAUGUGCUUCUUUCUGGUGUGGUGUUUCUUAAUUAGGAAGAGAAAGAGGUUUGGUGGAGACACUCAAGGCUAUGUUCUUGCAGUAGCAACAGGAUUUCAGAGAUUCAAUUACUCUGAACUGAAAAAAGCUACAAAGGGUUUUAGCCAAGAGAUUGGAAGAGGUGCUGGAGGAAUUGUGUAUAAGGGUGUGUUGUCAGAUGAUAGAGUUGCAGCGAUAAAGGUGCUACAUGCAGCGAACCAAGGAGAGAGUGAGUUUCUUGCUGAAGUGAGCUUCAUUGGAAGGCUUAACCACAUGAACUUAAUUAGCAUGUGGGGUUAUUGCGCUGAGGGAAAGCAUAGGGUUUUGGUGUAUGAGUACAUGGAUAAUGGUUCUUUAGCUGAGAAUCUCUCAUCAAAUGCACUAGCACUUGAUUGGGGUAAGAGGUAUAACAUUGCUCUAGGAACAGCAAGGGGUUUGGCCUACUUACAUGAAGAAUGCUUGGAGUGGAUUUUGCAUUGUGACAUAAAGCCCCAAAACAUACUUCUUGACUUUGAUUACGAGCCCAAAGUCUCCGAUUUUGGCUUAUGUAAACUACUACAAAGGAACAAUCUGGACAACUCAAGCUUCUCAAGGAUAAGAGGAACAAGAGGCUACAUGGCUCCAGAGUGGGUUUUUAACUUUCCCAUCACUUCGAAGGUGGAUGUUUAUAGCUAUGGAAUUGUUGUCUUGGAGAUGAUAACUGGAAUGAGUUCAAUGACGGGUAUCCAAAUCUCAAAUGGAGUAGAAUCACAUCACGAGAGGUUGGUACCGUGGGUGAGGGAGAAGAGGAAGAAUGGAACAGAAGGGGCAUCUUGGGUGGAAGAAAUCGCCGACCCUGCAUUGGAAACAAACUAUGACAUGGAUGAAAUGGAGGUUUUGGCAACGGUGGCUUUGGAAUGUGUAGCAGAAGAGAAAGACAUGAGACCCAGUAUGAGACAAGUGGCUCGGAGGCUCCAGAGUCAUCAACGUGAUUCUUGAUGCAUGGUUUGAAGUAUGAACUAUGAACAAAUAAUAGACACAUCUCUCACAGUCAUGGAUGCUACUUUUACUUUUGUUUCAGUCCCUGAUGAUAGUUGUAAUAUUUCUAGUUUACAUAGGGAGAGUGUAAGUAUUGUUAAUUUUAACUUCACACUUGAUUUUGAGUGGAAAUCAAGUUGAGUGAGGAGAGAGUUAGAAAGCAAAAAGAGAAAAAAGUACGAGAUGCAAUAUGAUAGAAAAAAAGAGAGGUAGAAAAAAUUUAAAUGGAAAUAAGUGAAAAAAUUAAAGUGUAAAGAAAUCAAUAUUGUCAAUUUUAUAAGAUUAGACUACAAAUAGGGUGUCUAUAAAAAGU